GAACGGAACCGUUCGGUUGUUUUUCUGUCGCACAUAGAAAAGUUAACGAACAGAACAAGUCACAUACAGUGUACAAUAGUUAGAGACAGACAUAGCAGCAUCAAUACAAUUGGCUAAUAUAAAACAGAUAACGAAUAUAAAUAAAUCUAUCGUUUAAGAAUAAGCAAUAGAAGGAAAACUAACAAUAAUAAAAAAAUAUAUAGCUGAGAGUCUAAAAAUAAAGUUUGGAAUUUGUGAUUGAUUGAAGGUGACAAAGUUGACUUCCGAUGUUGUUUCAUUGAUUUUUUUUUUUUUUGCUGUUUUCGGACAUAAAAAAAAGUUCAUAAUUAAUACUGUAACCGACACUCAAUCAGCAGGACGUCAUCUAUUCAAAUUCAUUGAUAUUUAUCACUUCAACUCCUUCGAUUGAAUAAAUUUGAAUGGACACAAAAAAAAAAAUACAUACGACUUCUGGAACUUAAUUUGAAAAGUGUAUACCGAAGUGAUUGAUCUCGAUUCAUUUUUUUUUUGCCGGAACAAAGUGUGCGAUUCAAUGUGAACAAAAACGAAACCUACAAAUCAUACACACAAUGAAUGAAACCGUGUUUGACAAAAGAAACCAGAAGAAUCAUUGAGUGUAAAUUAAUUUCAUUGACGAAAUCAAAACUCGGAAAAGUGUUGUUUGUGCACAUCGCAGAGUUGAAUUGAUAAACAGUAUGAGCUAAAGAAUCGAUUCGACAGAAACAAAUUCCGUAAAUAGUAAACAAAUCGAAAAUAACACACAAUAAUACAAUACGAAAUAAAACGAGUAAAAAUUUUCGCAUGCAGAUAAGCCGAUCGCUCACAGACAAAUAAUAAACAUUUAAAUCAAGGAAGCUUUGUGUCAAUAAAAACCGAAGUGAACGAGACCGAAAUAAAUUCAGCACCGUAAAAUUUUGUGUAAUCUCAUUCGGUUUGAUUGAAAACAAGCACGGUGAAGAAAAAAAAAUUAAAAGACAAACACACCUGAGACACCCAUCAUUAAUCUGAAUCUUCCAAAGUUCAAAAUAAAAAAAGAGAAUAUACUUUUAAAUAAAAAAACCAGUUUUUCAGCGCGCGCGCUUACACACAGACACCACUAAAUAAGGAAACAAUUUGCAAAAAAAAAAAGAUAGAUCGAUUCGUGUGAAACGGUGUGUAUGUGAUUGAUAAUCAUUGCGUGAGUGGCAAAUAUCAAAUGACCGUAUGACCGUUUUAGUUCAUCACACUUCAUUCGAGGCUUUCUCACUCACUCUCUAUCUCGCUCACUUCAUGCACUUAACAUUAUCGGUGCGCGACUCAUUUAUCUAGAGCAUUUCAAUUAAUUGUAAUCGCGUAUUUUCAUUUUGGUUUCUGUUUCUCAUUCUCUUUUAUAUUCCUGAACGACAAAAAUAUAUCAGAAUACACAAAGGAGAAAUAAAUAGCAUAUAAUCAGAACGGUCUCUUUUUUUCUCGCACUCUCUAUUUGCCGGUUCAUAAAAAUAUCGUCUGAAUCGUUUGAAUGACGAAAAAAAGUACAUAGCAGCAGCAGCCACGGCAGAAAACAAAAAUUAUAUUGUUACAAAUUAAUGGCACACAUGAAAACGACACAAUAUAUUGGUACGAUUGUGUGUUAUUGUUUUACGUGGAUAAAUGAAGUGAUGACUACGAUUUAAUAAAUGCAAAGUGUUUUGAUUGUAUGCGUUUGUUAUCAAUUCAUGAGAGAGUGACACAUUGUGGCAUACAUCAUCGUAGUUCAAAGUGACUUUAAAUUGAGAACGGCAAAGAAAAAAAAAACUAAAACCACCAAUUAAAAAGAACUAAAUUGAGCUAAAGAACAGAAUAGAAAUUAAAAGAAAAAACAUAUUGAAAAAGCGAGAUAUACAAAAACCGGGUGUUAAUUUGCUAGUGACAACGUUGUUUUAACGAAAGAAAUUGCCCAUUGUUUUUUUUCUCUUCGCUCGUAUGACUGUGGAUAUAAUCUGUGGUUAAAGAAAGCAUUAAAACACAUAGAAAAAUAAAGCAGAAUACAUCAACAUCAAACAUCCGGCAAAAUGGAUAAAUCAUUUGAUUGUUUUAAAUUUUGCAUUGGUUUCAUUUCAUCACGAAGCGUUCGACGAUCAACAGUGAUGAUUUUGCACGAAUAGAAACUAAGAACAUAACAAAACAAGCUACGGCAGCAUUGUGAAGAAAAAGAUCGAUUCAAUCGAUUUACGGAGAAAGAAGAAGCUGAAGUGUGAAUAAGUUUGAAAAGACACGUAUACACGUCCUAAGAGAGGCGGACAAGCGAAAUUUUUUUUAAAAGUGACUAAAUCAACGUUAAAAUCUUCUCCGUGAAUUCUGAAAGAAGAAAUUAAAUUAAGCGGUAUCGAACAAUUGCAUAGAAACAAAAAAGAGAAUAGAAAUCCCACAUUCACAUCCACACAAACACAUACAACGAAAAUGAAUGAAUUUGUGACACCACAUUUGCGUAGCGUGUUGAAAAUUUACCAAGACAGUGCAACAAAAAGUUUGCAAGGUCCUGGCUCAUCAAUUGUCGUACAUUCAUCGGCGAUGAAGAAAGAAAUCCCAUCACCAGAUUUACGCGAUGAGCCAAUAACACCGGCUGCACCGCCACUCCAACCGCCCGAAAUACCACAACCAGUACUAUCAGCUGCCGAUACCGGUCGCAGCAUUCUAUACGAAACCAUAUUGGAAGGCAAACAAAUUGGAUGCUUUUUACUUGGCGGUGAAAUGCGUUUGUGCUUUCCACAAGUGUUGAACAAUGUGCUUAUGAAUUUCGGUUUGGAUCAAAUUAAUCGCAUAUUUGAUGAAUUGCGCAUAUUUUGUUCACAAUGUUCACCAGAUCAAUUGAAUCAAUUUAAAGCCGCCAAAAUUUUACCCGAAGAUGUAAAUACAUCCGGUUUAAUAACACGCACCAAUGCCGAACGCUUGUGCAGUGCACUAUUGCAUCGUGGCGAACGAGCGCCCAUUGUAAAAAAUGCCAUUUCAUUUCGAGUAAUUCAUCGAUGCUUUGGAAAAUGCGAAGGCAUUUGCACACCUGAAUUUUACUCGUACAAAGAUCCAGCAUGCAUUCGAUGCAUUGAAUGCAAUUUGAUGUUUUCACCGCAACGUUUCGUAUGCCAUGUGCAUUCAAACCAAGAGAAUAGCACACUACAUUGGGGCUUUGAUUCAAACAAUUGGCGCGCUUAUUUACAAGUAUCCGAAGAUGAAGAAAAUCGAGAAAAAUACACAGCUUUAUUGGACGAGCUACGAGAACGAGAACAACGCGACAUGGUAAUCGCAUUGAAUAUUCAACGGGAUGACAGCAAUCUUAAACGAAAGGCACCUGAAAUGGAAGAAUCACUACCGCGACCACCAUGUAAAAAAGAGCCGUUGGACAUUCCGUUGAAGAAGGCAAAAUUAUUCGAAGAUAAAUUCAUAAUGGAUUAUCAGUAUCAAGUGCUUUUGGCUCAGUAUCAACGUCAAAAUUCGUAUCACGGUUUUCGGCCAUGGACCAGUUCGAUUGGAGCGUCCACAAAACAUUUACCUCAUUUGCCAUUCGUGUCAACUGCGUUACCGUAUCUCAGCCAAGAGCCACCAAUCUUACAAAAUCCUGAACGUGUUGUUCGCAAUUCAGAACGUGAACACUAUGAACAAUCCUACCAGCCAAAUGUGGCGCUGGCGCCACGAAAUGGUAGCAAAACCACAUCAUCAGUCGGCAUUAAAAUCGAUACGGAGCAUGGUGAAUAUGAAAAUGGCGAACGAGAUCGAUCAUUGGCAAUGGAUGUUAAAAUUAAGGAAGAACGACCGCAAACACCAUCCGAUGAAUCACAUUCGCCCGAAUCAUGCAUUACAUCUGGAGCAACUACGGUUGGUAAUAUACAAAAUAACAUCGAUUCAACACCAAAUUCAGUUCCACCAGUGAGUCCUGAAGGCCAAUCAGCAUCAUCAAAUGAAAUCACAUCAUCGACGUCUCCAGUACCUGCUGCAGCGACAACAACAUUUGAUAAGCUAAACGAUUCGACACAUUCGCCGAAAACCGUAACACCGCCAGUCAAUAAUCAUCAUAUAAAUCAACUAAUGAAUCGAUCUCACCACAAAGAUAUUGAUAACCAUCACCAUCACCUCCACCUCCACAACAAUCAUCAUAAUCAUCAUCGAGCACAACAAAACGGCACAUUCGAAAAUCGACCGUAUCAUUAUCAUCCGUAUAAUCGUUAUAAAUUGAAUGGUCUCAGUUCAGAAUUUGAUCUAUCAACCGACACCGAUGAUGACAGUUUGGUUGGUGAAGCCGAUAGCAGUAAUCAUCCAUCGCCGCUUGAUAUUGCAAACGAAGCACUUAAAGACAUCGAUGCAAAGGAUCGUGAACGGGUGUUGAACAUUAUAAAAAUGUUGUUGCAUGAAAAUUUGCAAUUAAGUUUGAAAAAUACAAGUUUAUUACGUGAAUUGCAACGCAAAGACGAUGAAAUUGCCGAUUUAAUGCAAACAAAUCGACAUACGCACACAACCAGUAACAGCUUUUUAACCAGCAGCCGUAGCGAUACAUCAAGCAACAAUAGUAACGAUGAAAGCACAAAAUAUCCAAGCGAAAGUGAUGAAUUAAAGGUUGCCGAUGAAACGAUUAUCAGCAAAAAGAAUGACGAACGUUCCGAUGACGAAAAAGACAUGGAUAAAACAAAAACCAUUACAAAAUGUAAUGAUAGCGUAACUAUUCAUGUGCUUGAUUCGACCAAAGCCAAAGCCGAUGAGCCAUCACAGCAUGAAUUUAAUAAGCCCGAUUCAGCGCCAGCAACAAUAACCGUUACAAAAACGGUCAUCGAAGUUGGCACACCGAAAGUCAAUGAUACGGCCGAUAUAAAAUCGGCAACCAUUACAAAUGGUACGACAACAACAAAUACGAUUUCAAGUACAAAAUUCGGUUGCGCUAAAAGCGAAACCGAAGUUAUCCGGAUGCCAUUGAAAAAGUCAGUACGACGCACACCGACCGAAGAUACAACAACUGCUGCAACUGUUGUUGUUAUGCAGCCGCAUAAGUUGCGCGAUGAAGCACGCGAUAAAUCAUGUGAUAAAUUAGACAAAAUAUCGCGAAAUUUUGAAAAGAAUUUGCGCUCACUAUCACCACCACCAACCGCUAAUUUAGUGACUGCCAAAGCUACAGAGUAGAAAACAGAUAAUAAAAUUUAAAAAGGGCAACAGACGAAUAAAAAAACAACAUAGAAUACGCGGCACAACGCAAUGAGAGUCUGCGAAAUGAUUAAUUUUUAAAUAAAGUAAAUAUAUACACAGUUAGCUCUAAUAUAAGAAACAGAAAUGAAUGAGAAAAAUAAAAUGAGAGCACAAACGAAAGAUGCAUCCAUCUAACAUGAACAGAUUGAUGGAAAUUCAUAGAAUUUUCUAUUCAUCGUUUUUCAACUCAAAUUUUCGUUGUUGUAAAAUACACAAACACAAAAAACUAGGAAAUUUAAAUAUUUAAACGAAGAAAAAAAUGAAAGUAAUGGACAUCCCACCAGAUGAACUUAUUCAAUUGUUUCCGACGAAAUUGCAAUUUUUUUUACUUGUAAAAAAAGAUAUUUGAAAAGAAAAUUUACACCUUGUAAUGAUCACUAAGUGAUUUAAAUUUGUUAGCCUUUAUUAUUAUUGAUAAUUUUAUUCUCUAUAUUUUUCGUUCAUCAUUUUUUUUCUUUAUAUUCUUUCUAUUUUUUGUUUUUGUUUUCAUUAUUGAUGAAUUAUUCACGCAAACUUUAAAAAUGUCCUCCUUAAUUACUUCUUGAGAACUUUUUGCGUCAAUUUUUGUUUAAUAUCGUGCAUUGUUUUUUUUUCCGCCUUUUCUUUCUCAAUAUAAUAAGAAAAUAAUUUUCAUCGUAGCAUCUUAAGGCCCAACAAAGAUUAAGUAUUAAGAACUAUAAGAUUCAAAACUAUACAUACACUAUGUAUUAUCUAAUAACAAUAGUAAAUUCUAUAUAUAUAAUACACGCAUACACCUUUAGAAAUUAAGCCAUCAAAGAGAUCAUUUUGAAUUCAAUCUAAUUGAAAGAGUAAAAAAGCAUAUGCGAUAACGAAAUACAAAAGUGGAAACACUGAAAAAAAUCAGCAUGCAACUGUAUAAUAUUACUAUUUAAAAUAUAUAUAUAUUUACUUUUACAAUAUUUGUUAGUGUGUGUGCAUGUAAAACAACAACAAAAAUAAAUUAAUAAACCAUUUUUUCGCUCUUUUUUCGUAUGUACAACAACAUUAUACAAUAAUGUUUUAUUCAGUUUUUAAUCAAAUAUUCAAUCAGCAAACAGAAAGAGUAAAAAAAAUCAACAAUAAAAAAUGAACACUGUGUAUCUGAGCUGCAACAUUUUCAAAUAAAUUGACAAAUAAAAACCGUAUAGCCAAAUUGAUUGAUUGCAUUUUAGGGACAUGCCAUCCAUAAAUUAUCCGCAUGGAAAAAUCAACAAAUUCAUGAAAAUUUGCAUACAUUAAGUGAAACAAACAAAGAAAAAACAAUGCAAACAAGAAGCUACAAUCAUAUCGUGGUAUGCGUGUCGCCACUGAGACAGAUUGAAAAAAAAAACAACAAGAAGAAGAAAUUCGGUGCUUGCUCUGCUCCGUUGUGAGAAAACUGCAAUAGUAAUAAUUUCAUUCUCGAGAAAUUAUUAUUUGGAAAUAUUUCUCCAAAAUAAACGACUCAUUUCACAUUUACAAAUAGCAUCAAAUCAACCUACAACAUAAACAAACCGUAUCCAAUCAAAAUGAUGACAAAAAAAUUGCAAAAGAUUAUUUAAGAACAACAAAUGACAGAAGCACAAUAAAAAAAAAAACAAAAAAACUCUAUAUAUAUUUAGCAUAU